AUGCAUUCCCAGGAGACGGAACCGCAAUAUCCAUGGGUAGGGCUUAUCCUUUCCGGCCGUGGUAUGUUGUCAGCGUACCACCAGUCACAGGGCGAGGAUCGAUUUGCCCGAGGGAAACAGCUUGGAUAUGUGGAAUUCCCGCCAGGGCGGAAGGACAUUAUCAUGUUUGGAGACCCUAAGCUGGGACUGGCGAGCGCAGAGAUACGGCGGAUUUCGGAGGAGAUAACGCAUCGAGCACCCUUCGGGGAGUUCGAAGACAGGAGACUUCAUUGGGACCAUUACUGGAAAGGAUACGCAAAGCAGGUGAGAAUCCCCCUGGUAACAGCAAUCGGAGAGCGAGACUCGCUAUACCAGGCGUCGCAGCAAGACAUUGAGGAGUUUGCCCGAGCAUUCAGCAGCUCCCCAAAAGUCGAAGCUGUGAUGAUUGCCAAUGCUCCCCACUGUUUGGAAUUGAGUUAUUGGGGACCUGCUUGGCUGUUAAGGUGUUUUGGGUUCGCCAUGGAAUGUGCAACCAGCGCAGCACUGCAGCCUGUUAGGAGUUAA